AUGUAUCACAUUCAUAUAUAUUCACUUCUCUUAUAGUAGUUAACAAGUUUGCUUAUUACUCAGCUUAAUUUAUUGCUCUUGAGAGUCGAUAGUUUCAAAUUUCGAACCAAACACACAUAACAUUUUCCAUGGCAUACCAAAACCCUCCUUCAAUUCCAAUCUCAGAUCCUGAAGCACCGGAAAUCACUCCUACUCAUACUCCUUCAACCACCACCCCACUAGCCAAUGGAUUUUCAGCCAAAGGAGUGGUGGAAAAAAUAAAAAACAACUUGGUUUUUCACUCAAAAUGGGGUGAGCUCAAUGGCGCCAUGGGUGACCUUGGCACUUAUGUACCAAUUGUUUUGGCCUUGACCCUUGCUAGGGACCUCAACCUUGGCACCACGCUGAUAUUUACCGGUGUGUACAAUAUCAUCACUGGUGUCAUCUAUGGGGUCCCUAUGCCGGUCCAGCCGAUGAAGUCCAUUGCGGCCCAGGCCUUAUCGGACACUGAUUUCGGUGUGCCCGAGAUCAUGACCGCCGGUAUAUUAACCGGCGGCGUGUUGUUUGUUUUGGGGGUGACAGGGUUGAUGCAGCUUGUUUACAUGCUCAUUCCUCUCUGUGUUGUGAGGGGAAUUCAACUAGCACAAGGUUUGUCAUUUGCCUUGACAGCUGUUAAGUAUGUGAGGAAAAUUCAGGACUUGCCAAAGUCUAAAUCUUUGGGGGAGAGGCAUUGGUUUGGGCUUGAUGGGUUGGUUUUGGCCAUUGUUUGUUUGUGUUUCAUUGUGGUUGUGAAUGGGGCUGGGGAGAAGAGUAGAGGGUGUUGUGAUGUUGUGGAAAGUGGUGGUGGUGAUGAUGAUUUGGGUGGUCAAAAGAGGAAUAAUGAGGUUGUUGCAAGAAGCAGGACAAGCAGGGUGAGGAAGGUUAUUUUCUCACUACCUUCUGCUUUCAUGGUGUUUGUGUUGGGGGUUGUUUUGGCCUUCAUAAGAAGGCAUGAGGUGGUGCAUGAAAUAAAGUUUGGACCUUCCUCAAUAGAAGUAGUGAAGUUCUCUAAGCAUGCAUGGAAAAAGGGUUUUGUGAAGGGUGCAAUCCCUCAACUUCCAUUGUCGAUUUUGAACUCUGUGGUGGCUGUUUGCAAGUUGUCAUCAGAUUUGUUCCCAGGGAAGGAUUUCUCAGCCACUUCGUUGUCAGUGACAGUGGGAUUGAUGAACUUGAUUGGUAGUUGGUUUGGUGCUAUGCCGAGUUGCCAUGGUGCUGGUGGACUUGCGGGGCAAUACAAAUUUGGUGGAAGGAGUGGUGGGUGUGUGGCACUUCUUGGUGUUGCCAAAUUGGUGUUGGGUUUGGUGUUGGGAACUUCUUUGGCACACAUUUUGAAGCAGUUUCCUGUGGGGAUCUUAGGGGUGUUGCUUUUGUUUGCUGGAAUUGAACUAGCCAUGUGUGCUAGGGACAUGAACACAAAGGAAGAUUCCUUUGUGACUCUUGUUAUCACUGCAGUUUCACUCGUGGGAUCAAGUGCAGCUCUUGGCUUUUUGUGUGGAAUGGUUGUCUAUGUGCUUCUUAGGCUGAGGAAUUGGACAAGGGGUAAACCACUUUCUACUAUUUGGAUGCAGAAAAGUCCUGAGCAAGUUUGAAGAAAAGGUGUAUGUACACGAUGUUGUUUGUUUACUAGUAAUUGUCAAUGUGUAUGGUUUUCAAAAGUGAUUGUUGUCUGAAAGUUUCUUUCUUUUCCCCCUACAGUUUGUUAUCAUUUGUUGCUUGACCAACAAUGGGGACUUGGAAGGGUUUUAAGACAUUAUUACUCUAUUUGUAAUUGCAAGGAGUGUUAGUUAGUAUGUAGGAACCUUUAGUUAUUGAUGGCUUUUGCUCUUUGUAGUUUGAGUGUAUUCGCGUCACCAGAAAUUGUAUGUAUAUAGUAAUCAAUAAUAUAAUUGGAAUACAUUAACGGUGUAAAUCUUGUUUACACUGUUAUCCCAUA